UAGACAAACCGAAAAUUCACUUGUAAAAGAAUGGCUUCAUCAAUCAAUAGUCGCAAACCAAGUGAAAUUUUCAAAGCACAAGCUCUAAUAUACAAACACAUGUACACCUUCCUAGAUCCCAUGUGUCUUAAAUGGUGUGUUGAGAUGAACAUACCAAACAUAAUCCACAAUCAUGGUCAACCAAUUUCUCUUUCAAACUUAGUUUCAAUUCUUCAAGUUCCAUCAACCAAAGCUGGUAAUGUUCAACGUCUCAUGCGUUAUCUUGCACACAAUGGAUUCUUUGAGAUAGUAACAAAUCAAGAUAUAGAAAAUGAACAAGAAGAAGCUUAUUCUCUGACUGUUGCUUCGGAGCUUCUUGUUAAAGGGAAUGAACUUUGUUUAGCUCCAAUGGUUGAGUUUUAUUUUAAUCCAACUAUUUCAGGUUCUUACAAUCAGCUGAAAAAGUGGAUUUAUGAGGAAGAUCUUACACUCUUUGGUGUAGCUUUAGGGUCUGAUUUUUGGGAGUUUCUUAAUAAGAACCCUGAACAUAACAAAUUGUUUAAUGAUGCAAUGGCUAGUGAUUCUAAAAUGAUAAACUUGGCAAUGAAAGAUUGUAAUUUGGUGUUUGAAGAAUUGGAAUCAGUUGUGGAUGUUGGUGGUGGAACUGGAACAACUGCUAAGAUUAUCUGUGAGACAUUUCCUAAGUUGAAAUGUGUUGUGUUUGAUCGUCCAAAGGUUGUAGAGAAUUUAUGUGGAAACAACAAUUUGACAUAUGUUGGUGGAGACAUGUUCACAUAUAUUCCUAGAGCUGAUGCAGUUCUGCUUAAGUGGAUAUUACAUGAUUUCACUGAUAAAGAUUGCAUAAAAAUACUGGAAAAAUGUAAAGAAGCAGUUACAAGUGAUGUUAAAAAAGGAAAAGUGAUUAUCAUAGAUUUGGUGAUGAAUAAAAAGAAAGAUGAAAACCAGAUAACACAAUUGAAGCUGCAAAUGGAUAUAGGCAUGGCAUGUCUCAAUGGAAAAGAGAGAAAUGAGGAAGAAUGGAAGAAGCUCUUUGUGGAAGCUGGCUUUAAAGACUACAAGAUAUCUCCUUUCACUGAAUUAUUGUCUCUUAUUGAGAUUUAUCCUUAAAACACAAAUCUUCUGAACUUAAUAAAGUCACAUGUCUUAUGAUGGAAUAUCUUAACUUGUGUGUUUUUCAUAGACAAAGGUUGUGACAUUUGCUUUAUAUUCAUUUUCGUUUUUCUAUUUUGUUGCACAAUAAUGGAUAAUGUUAGCUUUUGAAAAAGAAAAUGUUGGUGUUUUGCUCU